CUGCCUGUCCUUGAUGAAUGACUGUGUAGUGACGGAUCCUUGUUUACUCAAUAAGUAAUGAUUAGAUUUGGGGAUUUUGCUCCCCAAAUGACUUAGUAAUUUGCAAGUGAAUCUGAUAUAAGGAGUUUCCUGGCUGAUAGUCAUGCCACUAGAAAACAACAUAAUGAAGUCCUGGUGUGCCCUUGCUUUCCUCUUGUUGGCAUAUUUCUGCCAUGGCACUCUGUCCUGCCCAGCACUUUGCAAAUGCUACCUCAGAAGAGCUGAGGUGGUCUGCAAUGAGGUUCCUCUGACAGAGUACCCCUCCGAGGGUCUUCCAAAGAAUACCACCAUGCUGACCAUCCAGUCAACAAACAUCACCUCCAUCUCCGAGCAGCAUGUAAAAGCCACGCCCCUGCUGCAAGAGCUUCACCUGUACAGCAACCAGCUGCAGAGCCUUUCCUCUCAUCUUCUCAGAGGCGUUCCUCACGUCAGCACUUUGGAUCUCACAGGAAACAAACUGUCUGACCUGCCUGCGGAUGUCUUCAGCCAUGCCACGCUCCGCAACUUGGUGCUGAAGAAUAAUCUGAUCGAAAAAGCUGAUGCUGAGUGGCUUCCUGAUAACAGCACCCUCACCUGGUUGGACUUAUCUGGGAACCGUUUAACGAAGAUCCCAGCUGCUCUGCUUCAGAAACUGCCCCACCUGGAGACUCUGGACCUUUCCACCAACCAUCUGCAGAAGAUCUCUGCAAAUUCUCUGGACCCACUGACCAAACUUGAGAGGCUAAAUUUGCAAAACAACAAUCUAGACACCCUGGAUGCAUCUAUACUUCAGUGCACCCAUAACCUCACCUAUCUGUUCCUCUCUCAGAAUAAGCUCAACAAACUCCCCCAAAACCUUUUUCAGGAGCUCACUCAGCUCAAAAUCCUGAGGCUAGAUGACAACCACCUGAGAUACAUCCCUGCAGGUUUGCUGGACCCUCUGGACUCCCUGGAUGAGGAUGGGCUGGAUCUGACCGCCAACCCCUGGCUGUGUGAUGGGAAGGUGGAGUACCUCUGGAGGUGGCUUCAGAAGAACAAGAAGAAGGUCUUCCUGCCAGAGGCCAUCACAUGUGCCGGACCGCAGUCUCUGGUGGGGCGCUCAGUAAUGUCACUGACAGAAAGUGAACUACAGUAAACCUUCAGUCUUAAUAUUUUCCAUCCUCUGAUGGUAAUGUACCCAGUUCAGCCUGUCAUAGCUGUCUUACUGAUCAAUCACUGAAAGAUUCUGUAAUGUGACUGUAUAAUUAAAUAUGAUGAGUAAAGAGAGCAUUUAAGAA